AUGGGGGAAAUUUUCAAGCAAAACCUUUUGCAUGUAUCUCAUCAAGAUGUUGAGAAAAAGCCCUCUAGAAAUCCUGUACACCAUGCUCCUAAACCAUACAAAUUUGGAUACAAUAUAAAGGAUAAACAUGGAGAUCAAUACAGAGAGGAAGUCGGAGACGGAGCCAGUGGCGUGAAGGGCAGCUACGGAUUCACCGAUGCCAGGGGCGUCCACAGACGCGUCGACUACGUUGCCGACCAUGCCGGAUUCAGGGCUCAAGUCAAGACCAACGAGCCCGGCACAGCCAAUCAGGAUCCUGCUGCAGUCAGGAUGAUUUCUUCUGCUCCCUAUGCCGGACCUGAAGCAGGACUCUUGGGUGCCGGACUUGUAGGUGCGCCUACUGUCUUAGCUGCACCAGGAAUCGUUGGCGUCAACGGAUUGGGCCUUGGAUAUGGGGGAUUGGGGUACAAUAACCUUGGAUAUGCUGACCUUGGAUAUGGCCUCAACAAUGCUCUGCUGGGAGGCCUGGGCUACGCACGAUAUGGAUACUAA